GACAAGAUUGUCUAUCAUGCACUAAUGUUGCAAGCCCGUCAAGCUGUCAUUAUACGCUGACUUGCACAGAUAAUGAGGUAUGCUACAAACACAAGUUCAUUUCUCACUCAGGAUCAGUAAGCUACGACUUAGGAUGUGCAUACCCGCAGGUACAAUUUUACCACGUGAAUGUUCAGAUAUCGCAGAUGUGAAGACCGGUGUGUAUGAUAUAUAUCCUGACGGUGUCCUACCAGCAGUUCCGGUCUAUUGUUUCGUUAAUGAAACUAGGAAAUGGACGGUUAUUCAAAGAAGAAUCAACGGAUGUACUGAUUUUUACCGCGGAUGGGAAGCCUACAAGGAGGGAUUUGGGAAUAGCAGUGGAGAAUACUGGCUAGGUAACGAAAACAUACACAAAAUAUCGUCCCAUGGAAGACAUGCAUUAAGAAUUGAAUUGUCCGACUUCGAUAACCAAGUUAGAUAUGCAGAGUAUGAAAUGUUUUCAAUCGGUGACGAACGGGAUGGAUAUCAGCUUGCUGUUAAUGGUUAUUCUGGCGAUGCUGGAGAUUCUUUACUAGCACACAAUGGUAUGAAGUUUUCUACCUUCGACAGAGACAAUGACAUUUCUUCUGUAAAAAACUGUGCAGAAUUUCAUGGUGGGGCCUGGUGGUAUAAGUGGUGUUAUGCAUCCAAUCUGAAUGGUAAAUACCUGCCUGGUCGAAUCGAUUACAGUGUUAGUGGAGACAAGUCAGUUGUAUGGCAUUCAUGGCAUGGCGAUGACUACGGCUUAAAAUCGACAAAUAUUAUGAUGAGGAAAUACUGAAUAUUUUUUAAUAAAUUUUAUCUACAAUUGUA